AUGAAUUUCAUCUUCCUUGGGGUUUUCUCAACUCUUCUCGUUCUUCAAUCUUAUGUUGUUGCCAUCGAAGCAGCUUCGUACCAGUCGUACCCUCCCGAUGCAGUAGACAAACUAGCAGCAAAAGGCCUAGCGAAGCUUGCGGCAUUUCAAGCUGCACAUGAUCCAAAUAACACUUGCACGAUUAAAACCGCUAUAAAGCGCCGCGAAUGGAGUGACCUCUCGGGAGCAGAUCGAAUUGCGUAUACAAAUGCCGUUCUUUGUCUGCAAUCAAAACAACCGAUCACGCCUCACGAAGUAGUCUCUGGUGCACGAAGUCGCUUUGAUGAUUUUGUUGCUACUCAUAUAAAUCAGACUUUAUCCAUUCAUGGAACGGGCAAUUUCUUGGGCUGGCAUAGAUACUACGUGCAUACGUAUGAAAAAGCACUUCGUAAAGAAUGUGGAUAUAAAGGGUAUCAACCGUACUGGAAUUGGGGGAAAUAUGCUGAUGACCCACUACGCUCCCCAUUAUUUGAUGGAAGUCCCACUAGCAUAAGUGGCAAUGGCCUGUACUACAAUCACACUGGUGUCCUUCUUCCAGGAGCGCCAGCUCCAUUCAACAUCAUACCACCUGGUGUCGGCGGCGGAUGUGUAACCACAGGCCCUUUCAAGAAUAUGACUGUUCACCUUGGCCCAGUUGCUGGAACAAUCUCAGGCACGCCAGUGAACGCACAAGCCGACGGGUUCGGCUACAAUCCACGAUGUCUACGCCGCGACGUAAAUGUCCAUAGCGCCGCGGUUACGAAAACAAACUAUACUUAUGACCUCAUAACGAACCCUUCGAAUGCAGAUAUAUACUGGUUCGAGACUGACAUGCAAGGGCUGUUGAGCAAGGGGGAAUGGGGUGUUCACACAGGAGGGCAUUAUACAGUGGGGGCCGACCCGGGCGGUGACUUCUUUACAUCCUCGGGUGACCCAGCUUUCUACCUUCAUCAUGGGAUGAUAGAUAGAGUUUGGUGGAUAUGGCAAAUGCAGGAUUUGGCUAAACGACAAAAUGCCAUCUCAGGAACGAUUACCAUGAACAACAGUCCUCCCGGUAGAAAUACUACGUUGGAAGAUCUACAGGAUGUUGGAUAUAAUGCAGGUCCUGUGCCGUUGAAGGAUUUGAUGAGCACACUUGGUGGUCUGAAUGGGGAAUUGUGCUAUAUUUAUGUCACCAUCAUGGCAACCAACACAACCUCGUCCGUCUCGUCUAUUCGUAGAUUCGUCUCCUUCGCAGGCGGUCUCCUAUCCCAGAUACCAAUAAUCAACAAUCUAUCAUCAUCUUCGUCAGCUGGUACGACUCCUAGACCCUACAUACCCUUUGGCAAUGCGCCUUCUUGUCCAUCGAACUCUCCUCUCUCCUGCCACAACAGCACCACUGCCCCAGAUUCCUGCUGCUUCAUCUAUCCCGGUGGGCAGCUUCUCCAGACGCAGUUUUGGGAUUACAGCCCUGCAAUAGGUCCUGUUGACAGUUGGACCCUCCAUGGUCUUUGGCCUGAUCUAUGCGAUGGUUCAUAUCCAACCUAUUGUCAUGAAACCCCACGAUACCACAAUAUAACCUCGAUCCUCACCGCCGCUUCCCAGACCGAUCUCCUCUCCUACAUGCACGAAUAUUGGCUCCCCAACCGAGGUUCCGCUGAAACCUUUUGGGAACAUGAGAUGAACAAACACGGAACUUGUGUGAACACCCUCGCGCCAUCUUGCUAUGGCGAUGGAUAUGAAGCCGGUGAUGAAGUUGUAGAUUUCUUUACCAGAACGGUGAAAUUAUUCAAAGAAUUGGAUACUUAUACAGCGCUUGAGAAGGCGGGGAUUGUGCCAAGUUAUACGGCUACUUAUACGGAGCGUCAGAUACAAAGUGCGUUAACAGCGGUUACGGGUAGCGAGGUUGUGUUGGGUUGUUCGUAUGGGAGGUUGAAUCAGGCAUGGUAUAGUUUCAAUGUCAAGGGGAGUUUGCAGUUGGGAGAGUUUGUGGCUACCGCUCCGGCGGGAAAAGGUGGGAGAGGUACUUGUCCUAGGAGAGGGAUCAAUCCAAUUGCUAAAUUCCCCGGACCUAAAUUGGCUGCUGUCUCCAUAUUAUAUGAAAUAUAUCAUGAAAUCAUCUUGGGAGGACAAUACACCUUCAAGAUUCGAAAGCUCCACGAGGAAUAUGGACCAAUUAUACGCAUCAAUCCAUGGGAGCUUCAUGUUAAUGAUCCGGACUAUUACGACGAAUUGUACGUCGCCCGGGGAAAGAAACGCGAUAAAUAUCUUUACUAUACCCAACAAUUCGGUAAUUCUGAAUCAAUGAUUGGGACUGUCUCUCAUGACCAUCACCGUCUCCGCCGAGGAGCUAUGAACCGCUACUUUUCCAAAGCCAGUGUUAUUCGCCUCGAACCUCUGAUCCAAAAACAUGUGGAUUCACUUGCCUUGCGUCUCGAUUCAUAUCGGGAUACCAAGAAGCCAGUCAACCUCUCGUGGGCCUUUUCGUGUUUUACCAAUGAUGUUAUUUCGGAAUAUGCGUUGGGGAAAUCACAUAAUUAUGUCGUGAAUUCCGAGGAUUUUUACACGGAUUUCCAUGAGGCAAUUGUGAAUAUUAGCAAGAUAUCACAUAUUCUCAAAGUUUUCCCCUGGAUCUUUCGGGCGCUGCAGAAUAUGCCGAUGUGGGCUGUAAAACUACUCGAUCAGAAAUAUGUUAGUACUGUGGAGUUGCAAAUGAACAUGCAAGCUCAAGUUGGUGCUAUCAUCAGUGGGAAGAAUACCGAUUACGAACGCUCCUCCCAUCCAACAAUCUUCCAUGAAAUACUCUCGAGCGAUCUACCACCAUUUGAGAAAUCUUUAGAUCGUCUCUGGCAAGAAGGACAAACAAUCAUAGGAGCCGGUACCGAAACUACAGCUUGGACUUUAUCCGUGAUUACCUACUAUGUUCUCGCUAACCCUGAUAUUCUGUCGAAACUUCUUGCUGAAAUGGAGGGGAAAAGUGGAUUGAAGGAAUUAGAGCAGUUACCCUAUUUGACGGCUGUGAUACAGGAAGGAUUGCGAUUGAGUUUUGGAGUUGUGGCUCACUUGCAGAGAGUAUCUCCCGAUCAGGUAUUGAGAUAUAAAGAUUGGGAAAUUCCCCCUGGUACCCCAGUAUCAAUGUCAUCCUUCCUUCAACAUCUCGACCCUCGUAUCUUCUCCUCCCCAACAACAUUCUCCCCGGCCCGCUUUCUCGAAAACCCAUCUCUAUGCAAAUACGUCGUAAGUUUCAGUAAGGGAUCGCGUCAAUGCUUGGGGAUAAAUCUAGCUUGGGCGGAAUUAUAUCUAUGUGUUAAGGGGAUUGCUGGGGGUUUGGACUUGGUGUUGCAUGAUACGGAUUUGGGCGAUGUGGAGUGUACGAGUGAUUAUUUUUUGCCGGCGAAUAGUGGGAGGGGGGUGAGGGUUUUGGUUGGGUAA